AUGGCCCCUCAAAUUCAAGUUAAUGACAACAAAAGUGACAAAAAAAAUGAAGAUCCUGGGUCACUUUCUAGUGCAGUGCAUGUGUCGUCGCAAAAGGGCAUUUAUUCAUGGCGGCUUGGCCUGCCAAUCUGGGUCACCUCGAGAGUCUUUGAAAUUCAAGGGAAAAGAGCCUACGGCGGUUGGCAGUGGGUUUUUCGCACGUAUAAUAUUCGUCCAUGCGAUGACCCAAUUUUUAAAUUUGCUAAAGAUGGAGAUCUUGACGGCCUACGUCAAGUGUUCUCAUCUGGGAUCGCCACCCCUUUUGUAAGGGAUGAAUUAGGAAUGACUCUACUAUCUGUAAGUAGCUUAUCACCUUAUGUUUUCGCAGGAGGUUGCUAA